AUGGUCAAGGUAGUUUUAAUCACAGGAUGUUCUACUGGAAUUGGCUUGGCUUUAGCUGCACGAUUAGCCAAUAGUCCAGGAGCUGAGUAUAAGGUAUAUGCAACGAUGAGAGAUGUUGGCAAACAAGGUCCACUAGUGCAAGCGGCAGAAAAUUCCAUCAAUAAAACUCUUUUAAUUAGGAAAUUAGAUGUUUGUCAGGCUAAUCAAGUAGAAGAAAUUAUGAAAGAGAUAUUAGACACGGAAGGCAAAAUUGAUAUUUUAGUCAAUAAUGCAGCGUUUGGCCUAGUUUGUGCUUUUGAGAAUAUGCCCAUGGAAAUUGCUCAAAAUAUGAUGGAUACCAAUUUUUUCGGAUGCAUGCGCUCCAUGCAAGCUUGCAUACCUGUCAUGAAAAAGCAAGGCUAUGGUCAGAUCAUUAAUGUGAGCAGUUGCUCUGGCAUAUUUGGUGUCCCAUUCUUAGGGUUAUACAGUGCUUCUAAGUUUGCGUUAGAAGGUCUUAGUGAAUCCUUAGCUCCGGAAUUAAACGCUUUUGGUAUUAAUAUAAGUUUAAUCGAGCCUGGACCAGUUAAUACACCAUUUAUUGAUACCUGGGUCAAUAUUCGACAAAAUUUGAAUGAGCAAGUCGAUCAAAGAACUGGCCAGAUGGUAGAUACUGUCGCUCAGACUAUAAUUAAUCGGCCAAUGGAUGCUAGACAAUCUGCAGAUGGAGUAGUUGACGUUAUUAUGAAAUGUAUACGUGAUGAAAAGCCAUUAUUGAGAUACCCUACUGCGGAGAGUGUGACCAAUUUAAAUAAGCGAAAAUUAGUUGAUCCAACCGGUCAAACCGUUUUGGAUGUUACGAGAGGAUUUUACCCAAUAUUCGAUCAAUAA